AUGGUCACGUACGACUUCAAGGAGAAGACGCCAAUGCCGAUACGGACCAACCUCCGCGGCUCUGCCCUGCUAAAUACGCCGAGUCUGAACAAGGGUGCAGGCUUCACGCGCGAAGAGCGCAGCAUCUUCGGUCUUGAGGGCUUCCUCCCGUAUGACGUGCACACUCUCGAGAAGCAGUGCGACCGAGCGUACAACCAGUUGAAGCGCCAGCCGACGCCGCUGCUGCAACAUGUAUUCCUCGCCUCGUUGCGAGACCAGAACACCGUGCUGUUCUACCGCUUGCUGCAGGAUCAUCUCAAAGAGCUGCUUGGCAUCAUCUACACGCCCACAGCUGGCGAGGCUGUUGCGCAGUACUCGAACCUCUUCCGCCGACCGGUGGGCUGCUACCUAUCGUUCCCCAACCGUGAUGGGAUGCGAGCGCAGCUCGAGGCGCACCUGCAAAACAUCAACAUCGUGGCGGAUGUGGCUCGUCACGACGAGACGACCGCAGAGAGCAUUGACCUGAUCGUGGUCACAGACGGCGAGGCUAUUCUUGGGAUCGGAGACUACGGCGUCGGUGGUAUCACCAUCAGUACCUCUAAAUCGGCCCUGUACACUCUCGGCGCGGGUAUCAACCCGAACCGCAUCCUCCCCGUCGUGCUGGAUGUCGGGACUAACAAUCCCAUUCUGUUCGCGAGCGACCUCUACAUGGGUUGGAAGCGGACGCGGAUGCGUGGCAAGAACUACGAUGACUUCGUGGAAACCUUCAUUAAUCACGCCCGGGACCUGUUCCCCAAUGCGGUCAUCCACUUCGAGGACUUUGGCCUGAACAACGCUUACCGUCUUCUGGAGAAGUACCGGAACAAGUUCGCAAUGUUCAACGACGACAUUCAGGGCACAGGCGCCGUGACGCUGGCGGCGAUCAUCGCUGCGCUGAAAGUGUCUGGCGGCGGAGCGCUCCAAGACCAGCGCAUAGUGAUCUACGGCGCGGGUUCGGCGGGCAUGGGCGUCGCUGACGCGAUCCGAGAAGGCAUGGAGGUGCAGGAUAAGCUGGGGACGGCGGAUGCGAGCCAGCGCUUCUGGGCCGUCGAUCGAAACGGCCUCCUGCUCGAGAGCAUGGCGCCCGCCCUCCGCGGCAACCAGGUGCGGUAUGCGCGCCCGGACGACGAGAUCAAGACGUGGGCGCUCGAGAACCCCGAGCUGCCGAGUAUGGCGCAGUUGCUUGACGUGGUGCGGAACGUCAAGCCGACAAUUUUGAUCGGGACGUCGACCGCGACGGGGGCGUUCACAGAGGAGGUCGUGCGCGAGAUGGCCAAGCAUGUCGAGCGGCCCAUUAUCAUGCCCCUCAGCAACCCCACGUCUCUUUGCGAAGUUGAUCCUCAGGACGCCAUCACGUGGACAAACGGCAAGGCGCUCGUAGCCACCGGCUCGCCUUUCUCGCCCGUCAAGCUGCCUGACGGACAUGAGUACCAUGUCGCCCAGACGAACAAUGCGAUCGUUUAUCCGUCGCUUGCGGCGGGCGCGAUCCUCGCGCGCGCAAACACCAUCUCUCCGCGCAUGCUCAUGGCAGGCGUGGACGGGUUGUCCGAGCUCUCGCCUGCGCUCGAUGACCCCUCCCAGGCUCUCCUACCGUCGCUCGACAACAUUCGUGCCGUCAGCGUGCAUGUCACGGCAGCGGUUAUUCGUGCAGCCGUCAAGGAGGAGAACGCGAAAAACGAGCUCGUGAUCAAAAUCGCCGAGGAUAAAGGCGAGAUGAGCCUCGAGGACUAUAUCAAGGCGCGGAUGUGGGAUCCGGUAUACCGCCCGCUCGAGUUGGUGGAUUAG